AUGACAAGAUAAAUAAUUGUCAAUUUUUGACAUUUUGUGCUUAUUUUUAAACAGUUUUUAGAUUCUUUCAUUGGGUUCAAAAAUCAUGAAGAUUCCAGACGAUAGUAAACAUUUUCCAUGUCCAAUAUUAAUGGGACUAGUUACAGAAAUUUUUGGAACGGCAAUCAUGAUGUGGUUAGGAUGCAUGGGGUGUGCUUUUAACUAUGGAAUAGGACCAACACUACCAGCUUUUGCCUUCGGAUUGGCAAUUUUAGCAGUUGUCCAAAUGUUCCAGUCUCUAGGACCAGUGCAUAUUAAUCCUGGAGUGUCUUUGGGUUUUUUAAUCACGAAAAAAAUGUCUUGGCAAAGAUUUUUAGUGUAUGUGUUGGGGCAGUACAUUGGAUCAUUUCUAGGCUAUGGAUUAUUAAUAGUAAUGAUACCAAACGAACGCAAACCUGUCUGCUUUUUGCGACUUAAGUGGGGAACAACUCCAGUUCAAGGAUUUUUUCUGGAAAUGUUGGCAUGCGUGAUUCUAAUGUGGAUAGUUCUGGGAGCUGUUUGCGACAAGAAUAAACCUUUGAUUGAUUCGAUUUCUCUUCGUAUAGGCCUUGCCGUUGGAGGUAUAAUUUUCGCUUUGGAACCUUUUACUGGAGCUGGACUCAAUUCGGCAAGGUCUAUACCUCCUAAUGUAUUUGCAAACGACUGGAAAGACCACUGGAUUUACGAACUAGCACCUUUGGCAGGCACAGCGUUAGGAGCUGUCAUGUACAGAUGGGUAUUCGACCCGGAAGAAGAUAAAUCACUUCAUGCAUAUCUUAACAAAAAUAGUCCUACACCUACGGAGGAGGCUUGAACACAAAAUAAAAACAGAACAGAAAUUUAUGUCAUGUAAAUCUUGUUAUUAUACCUACAUAUUAAAUAUUUAUUAUUAUAUUUAAUUCUAUUAAAUUUUUGAAAUGCGUAAA